AAAAAGCCCUACUUCCAUACUCAAAUGCUACUUCUACACUCAAAUGCCAUAAUUCUGCAAAAUGUUAAAUAUAAUUCUACGAAAAUGUGACUCAUUAAUCCAAAGCAAAUUCAGUAUGAACACAAAUAUCCAAUUGUUGUACAUUAAAUACCAUGUGGGUUUUUAUUUAAAAUGCCCCCAGAUCUUUUGGUAGUAUUUGUAUGGUAAAUACCAAAUAGUUGGCAUUUUGAAAUAAUCAUUUUAUAUGGAAAGGGUUUUUCCCUUCUCUCCUGGAAACGACAAAGGCGUUAGCAUGGUGCAUUUCGAAAUUUAGUGCUUUGGGCAAGCACCAAGGGAUAAUGUGAGCAGUAGAGAGAGAGAGAGAGAGAAAAUCAAAACAUUCAAAGGCAUGCAGCUGGGUAAUUCAAUAACCCUUGUAUGUGGAGGCAUUUCACACAGUCAGACUUUAGCGCUGCACUAGUCAGGCUGCCUGUAUGUAGCUUUCCCCCCUCCCCAUUCAAUUUACAUGCAUAGCUGGCCUAGUAGGUGUAAAAAUAGACAAGCAGUGCCUGAAUUGGAAAUGGUCACUGAAUGCUGUCUGCAGUUGCUGAGGUUUCUCUUUGACACAGGCCAGCCAGUAGAAAGAAAACUCUGGCAAAGGGAGCUCAGGGGCGCAAAGCAUAGGAAUAUCGCAAUAUCCUUCCGGAUUGUCGAAAGUCAUCUGUCUGUUUGGAGCAUUCUGGGCAGUGCAAAGUCAUACUUGCGGGAGUUAUUGGGACAACUGAUAUGGGCAAUGCACCCGUUUGCCAGACUUGUCACACGGACAAGGGUGUGAGAGUACAAGGGAAUAUGCAAGAUGUGGAUAAAAUUCCAGACUACUAUGGAUGCAACAAUGGAGAGAGUAAGGAUCCAGAGGCACUGUCUGACAGCAAUGCAAGCUUUCUCAGAGCUGCCAGGGCUGGCAAUUUGGACAAAGUGGUGGAAUAUCUAAAGGGAGGAAUAGACAUCAAUACAUGUAAUCAGAAUGGACUCAAUGCUCUACACCUGGCUGCCAAGGAAGGCCAUGUCGGGUUGGUUCAGGAAUUGCUGGAAAGGGGAUCUGCAGUGGACUCUGCUACUAAGAAAGGUAAUACUGCACUGCACAUUGCAUCUCUGGCUGGACAAGCUGAAGUUGUCAAAGUUCUAGUUAAGGAAGGAGCCAAUAUUAAUGCACAAUCUCAGAAUGGAUUUACUCCUUUAUACAUGGCAGCUCAAGAGAACCACAUUGAAGUAGUGAAAUAUCUUCUGGAAAAUGGAGCCAACCAGAGCACUGCUACUGAGGAUGGCUUCACUCCACUAGCAGUUGCAUUGCAGCAAGGACAUAAUCAAGCGGUGGCUAUCCUUCUGGAGAAUGACACUAAGGGGAAAGUGCGGUUGCCGGCAUUGCACAUUGCUGCCAGGAAAGAUGACACCAAAUCAGCAGCACUUCUGCUCCAGAAUGACCACAACGCUGAUGUUCAGUCUAAGAUGAUGGUGAAUAGGACAACCGAGAGUGGCUUCACACCUUUGCACAUAGCAGCACACUAUGGAAAUGUUAAUGUAGCAACACUUCUGCUCAACCGAGGAGCUGUUGUGGACUUCACAGCAAGGAAUGGAAUCACCCCACUGCAUGUGGCUUCCAAAAGGGGAAACACUAACAUGGUGAAGCUCUUGUUGGAUCGUGGAGGGCAGAUCGAUGCCAAAACCAGGGAUGGACUGACCCCACUCCACUGUGCUGCACGAAGUGGACACGAUCAGGUUGUAGAGCUUCUCCUUGAACGAGGUGCCCCAUUGCUUGCCAGGACCAAGAAUGGACUCUCUCCACUUCAUAUGGCUGCCCAAGGUGACCACGUUGAGUGUGUCAAACACCUACUCCAGCACAAAGCUCCUGUUGAUGAUGUCACACUGGAUUACCUGACUGCCCUCCAUGUUGCUGCCCACUGUGGCCACUAUCGUGUCACCAAACUUCUGCUGGACAAGAGAGCAAAUCCAAAUGCUCGUGCUUUGAAUGGUUUUACGCCACUGCACAUUGCUUGCAAGAAAAAUCGCAUUAAAGUCAUGGAACUGCUGGUGAAAUACGGGGCUUCUAUCCAAGCUAUAACAGAGUCGGGUCUCACUCCAAUACACGUGGCUGCAUUUAUGGGCCAUUUAAACAUAGUUCUCCUUCUGCUGCAGAAUGGAGCAUCUCCAGAUGUCACUAACAUUCGUGGCGAGACUGCGUUACACAUGGCAGCACGUGCAGGACAGGUUGAAGUGGUGCGUUGCCUCCUGAGGAACGGUGCUCUGGUUGAUGCCAGAGCAAGGGAGGAACAGACUCCACUGCAUAUUGCCUCUCGCUUGGGUAAAACAGAAAUUGUCCAGCUGUUGUUGCAACACAUGGCACACCCAGAUGCUGCAACUACUAAUGGGUAUACACCACUGCACAUCUCUGCCCGAGAAGGUCAAGUUGAUGUAGCAUCAGUUCUUUUGGAGGCGGGUGCAGCACACUCUUUGGCUACCAAGAAGGGAUUCACUCCACUGCAUGUGGCAGCUAAGUAUGGAAGCCUAGAUGUGGCAAAACUCCUGUUGCAGCGUCGUGCAUCUCCUGAUUCAGCUGGAAAGAACGGCCUCACCCCCCUCCAUGUUGCUGCUCAUUAUGACAACCAGAAGGUGGCGCUACUGUUGCUGGAGAAAGGUUCUUCUCCCCAUGCUACUGCCAAGAAUGGAUAUACUCCUCUACACAUUGCUGCGAAGAAGAAUCAGAUGCAGAUAGCCACAACCCUGCUGAAUUAUGGAGCAGAAACCAAUAUUUUGACCAAACAAGGAGUGACUCCACUUCACCUGGCUUCACAGGAAGGUCAUGCUGACAUGGUGAACUUGCUUCUGGAGAAAGGAGCCAAUAUUCAUGUGGCCACAAAGAGUGGACUGACGUCUUUACAUUUAGCAGCUCAAGAAGAUAAAGUGAAUGUAGCAGAUAUGUUGAUAAAGCAUGGGGCAAACAAAGAUGCUCAGACGAAGCUGGGUUACACUCCAUUAAUUGUGGCUUGUCACUAUGGGAACAUCAAGAUGGUCAACUUUCUCCUGAAGCAGGGAGCCAAUGUCAAUGCUAAGACAAAGAAUGGGUAUACUCCCCUUCACCAAGCUGCUCAACAAGGACACACUCACAUCAUCAAUGUUCUUCUACAACAUGGAGCCAAACCAAAUGCAAUCACUGCGAAUGGCAACACUGCCUUAGCGAUUGCUAAGCGUCUGGGAUACAUCUCAGUGGUUGAUACGUUAAAGGUUGUAACUGAAGAAGUGAUUACCACCACAACUACUGUAACUGAGAAACACAAGCUCAAUGUACCUGAGACUAUGACUGAAGUCUUGGAUGUUUCUGAUGAGGAAGGUGAUGACACUAUGACAGGAGAUGGGGGAGAAUACCUUAGAGCAGAAGACCUGAAGGAACUAGGUGAUGAUUCCUUACCCAGCAGCCAAUUCUUAGAUGGGAUGAACUACCUGAGGUACAGCCUGGAAGGAGGCCGAUCUGACAGCCUGCGAUCCUUCAGUUCAGACAGGUCCCAUACGCUGAGCCACGCUUCCUACUUGAGGGAAAGCACCAUGAUUGAUGACACGGUUGUUAUCCCCAGCCACCAGGUAUCAACACUGGCCAAAGAAGGUGAAAGAAAUUCCUAUCGCUUAAGCUGGAGCCCUGACAACUUGGACAAUGUCACUCUUUCUGCUAGCCCUAUUCAUUCUGGCUGCCUGUCUUCAAAAAAGGAUAUUGGAUCAUUGCUAACAAGCUUCCUGGUCAGUUUCAUGGUGGAUGCUCGAGGUGGUGCUAUGCGGGGUUGCAGACACAAUGGGCUUCGAAUCAUUAUCCCACCCAGGAAAUGCACUGCUCCGACUCGAGUUACCUGCCGGUUGGUCAAACGUCACAGACUGGCCACCAUGCCUCCAAUGGUGGAAGGAGAAGGCCUGGCUAGCCGUCUCAUCGAAGUUGGGCCUUCAGGUGCUCAGUUUCUUGGUAAACUUCACCUGCCUACGGCUCCUCCCCCACUUAAUGAGGGAGAAAGUUUGGUCAGCCGAAUCCUUCAGCUGGGGCCUCCAGGGACCAAAUUUCUUGGGCCUGUGAUUGUUGAAAUUCCUCACUUUGCGGCUCUGCGUGGUAAAGAAAGGGAGCUGGUGAUCCUGCGCAGUGAGAAUGGAGAUAACUGGAAGGAACAUUUCUGUGAAUAUACAGAGGAUGAGCUAAAUGAAAUCCUAAACGGAAUGGAUGAAGUGCUUGACACUCCAGAAGAAUUGGAGAAGAAACGCAUUUGCCGUAUCAUCACUCGGGAUUUCCCACAGUACUUUGCAGUGGUAUCUCGGAUCAAACAAGACAGUAACCUCAUUGGACCGGAGGGUGGUGUGCUAAGCAGCACAGUAGUGCCUCAAGUACAGGCAGUCUUUCCAGAGGGAGCCCUAACCAAGCGAAUCCGUGUCGGUCUUCAGGCCCAACCUAUGCACAAUGAGCUUGUAAAGAAGAUUUUAGGCAAUAAAGCCACAUUCAGUCCUAUUGUCACAUUGGAACCCAGGAGAAGAAAAUUCCAUAAGCCAAUAACAAUGACUAUUCCUGUCCCCAAAGCUUCCAGUGAUAUGAUGAUUAAUGGAUAUGGGGGUGAUACGCCCACCCUAAGACUCCUAUGCAGCAUAACAGGUGGAACAACACCUGCUCAGUGGGAAGACAUUACAGGAACAACGCCAUUAACAUUUGUCAAUGAAUGUGUUUCCUUCACCACAAAUGUAUCUGCCAGGUUCUGGUUGAUAGACUGCCGACAGAUUCAGGAAUCUGUUACAUUUGCUUCCCAAGUAUAUAGAGAGAUUAUCUGUGUGCCCUACAUGGCCAAAUUUGUAGUGUUUGCCAAAUCUCAUGAUCCCAUAGAAGCCCGACUAAGAUGUUUCUGCAUGACAGAUGAUAAGGUGGAUAAAACACUAGAACAGCAAGAAAACUUUUCUGAAGUCGCUCGUAGCAGGGAUGUAGAGGUACUAGAAGGAAAACCCAUCUAUGUGGACUGCUUUGGGAAUCUAGUACCACUAACAAAGAGUGGCCAACAUCACAUAUUCAGUUUUUAUGCCUUCAAAGAAAAUAGACUUCCACUGUUUGUGAAGGUUCGAGACACAACUCAAGAACCUUGUGGACGCCUGUCAUUUAUGAAGGAACCUAAAUCUUCAAGAGGCCUAGUACAUCAGGCUAUCUGCAAUCUCAAUAUCACAUUACCAAUUUACACAAAGGAAUCAGAAUCAGAUCAAGAACAGGAAGAAGAGACUGACAUGACAUCAGAAAAACAUGAUGAUGAAACAGAAUCUACAGAAACAUCUAUCCUGAAAAGUCACCUUGUCAAUGAAGUUCCUGUCCUAGCCAGCCCAGACUUGCUAUCUGAAGUCUCUGAGAUGAAACAAGAUUUGAUAAAAAUGACUGCCAUCUUGACAACAGACUCUUCUGAAAAGUCAGGCUCCAUUAAAGUGAAAGAUCUUGUGAAAGCUGCUGAUGAAGAGCCUGGAGAACCAUUUGAAAUUGUGGAAAGAGUUAAAGAGGAUUUGGAAAAAGUAAAUGAAAUUCUGAGAAGUGGAAGCUGCCCCAAAGAAGAGCGAGUUCUUCGGAGGUCCAGUUCUGGAAAACAUUUGGUAGAAGAAGAAGAAUGGGUUAUUGUAAGUGAUGAAGAAAUUGAAGAGGCCAAACAAAAUGUUCCUUUGGAAGUCACUGAGCCUGUCUGUGUAGAAAGUAGAAUAACCAAAGGAAAAACAGAAAAAGAAACAAAAGACAUAACAGGAAUGAUAGACUACCUCAGCGAGGAUCUAAAGGUUUAUGUGUCUUUGAACGAAGUGCAGCCACAGCCAUUUCAAGAAGACUUUGUACAAGAGAGAUUUGAAGCUGUUGUUGUAAGCAGAGGUUCUGAAACAGGUGAUGGAGAAGAGAAGCAAGGCCUACGCAAACCUACCUUGGAAAUUAAAAAACCAGUUAGGAAGAAAUUAAAAGAUAAACAAAAGCCAAAAGAUGAAGAAACCAAAGGAAAGGAAGAAUGCUCUGGAAUAACGAAGUUCAGCUCAGAGGAAUCUUUAGAUGAAGAAGCGGGGUUAGCCCCUGCAGAACCUACCAAGGCAACUGCUGUGUCUCCUGUGAUAGAAGAGACUCCUAUUGGCUCGAUCAAAGAUAAAGUGAAAGCCCUUCAGAAACGAGUGGAAGAUGAGCAAAAAGGUCGUUCAAAAUUGCCUGUCCGGGUCCCAGGAAAAGAAGGGACAACUGAGAAGCCUGUUACAAAGCCAUCACAAGUUAAAAAAAUUAUUUACAAAACAAAAGCCCCAGCUUCUCCCCCUGCCACAAAGGCUCCAGCUUCUCCCUCUGCCUCAAAGAUGGCGGCAUCUCCCUCAAAACUGUCGUCUCCCUCUGGUAAGAAGCCAGCUGUUUCUCCCACAGCUAAGAAACAAGCUGUUUCUCCCACAACUAAGAAGCCACCUGCUUCUCCCACAACUAAGAAGCCACCUCCUUCUCCCACAACCAAGAAGCCACCUGUUUCUCCCACAACUAAGAAGCCACCUGUUUCUCCCACAGCCAAGAAGCCACCUGUUUCACCAUCUUCCAAAACAGAAAGACUGGAAGAGACUAUGUCUGUUCGUGAACUGAUGAAAGCCUUCCAAUCAGGUCAAGACCCAUCAAAGAAUAAGGCUGGACUUUUUGAGCAUAAAUCUAUGAAGCAGAAGCAGCAGGCUUCUGAGAAAGAGGUGACUAAAAAAGGAGCUGCUCAGGCAGAGAGUGAAAAGAAGCAGGCAUUGACACAGAGAGACACACACAAAAAAGACAGCCCUAAAACCAAAAAGGGCCAGGAGACUCAGGCAGAGGUAGGUUUGCAAUUGAAAAAAGAGGCACAUAGUACUCCUAGUAGAACUCUGAAGAAAGAGUUAGCCACACAGCAGACAAAACAGCAGAGUAACAAAGCCACAGGGAAAAAAUCUCCAGUCGCUUCUGAUGAAAGUUCCAAGGAAGUAGUCCUGACAUUUGAUGACCAAGGGGAUACUGACCUCCAGAUCAGUCCAGACAGAAAAACAUCGACAGAUUUUUCUGAUGUCAUAAAAGAAGAGCUUGAGGAUAAUGAUAAAUAUCAACAGUUCCGGCACAUUUCCAUUACCGAGGAAGGUGAGCUUCACUUAGAUCAAGUUCUGACCAGUCCAUUCAAUGUUACAUUUCCAUCAGAAUGUGUGAAAGAUGGGUUUUUGCCCGCUCUCUCCUUGCAAAGUGGUGCUUUGGAUGGCAGCUCAGAAAGCCUUAAACAUGAAGGCAUAGCAGAUUCUCCAAUUGGUAGCCUGCUUGAUGGAACCCCUCAGAUCAGCUCUGAGGAAAGUUAUAAGCAUGAGGGCUUGGCAGAAACUCCAGAAACAAGCCCCGAGAGCCUCUCGUUCUCACCAAAGAAAACAGAAACUGCGGAAGAGAUGGAGGAAACAGAACUAGCCAGUGCAGUGCAGAGAACAGCAGAGACGCAUUCGCCAAAGGGACUUUCUCCAACAAUAACAACAACUGAAAGGACUGUUGCUGACAAAGACCUAAAAGUGAUCACAGAGACCUCAGAGUCCCAAUCCCACCAUAUGUCAGAAGAACUACGAGUUUCAACCUCCAAAGAAGGAACUGAAAUAUGUACAGAUUCUAGCUCAACUUUGAUGAAUAAAGAUGCUGUUAGGGAUGAGUUACCUAUAGCUGUUGAUCAAGGACAUUUGAUUAAGUUACCUGAAAUACACGGUUCUUCUUUAGAGAAAGAUGAGAACAUAUCCUUUGAGCACCACGCCAUUAGCAGAGGACUGGAGCUUUCACUUCCUAGUCAUGACAGUGAAGGCCUUAGCCCAGUUGCAGAUGAAUCCAUAGCUAUAAGCCAUAAAGAUUCACUGGAAGCAAGCCCAGUGCUAGAAGACAAUUCCUCACAUAAAACACCCGAUUCCCUUGAGCCUAGUCCCACCAAAGAAUCCCCAUGCCGCGAUUCUCUGGAAAGCAGCCCAGUAGAACAGAAAACAGAGACUGGCAUCCUUCCAGGACCUGGUCCCAUUCAAGCUGCCCUUACCAAAGCGGAAAACUUCCCAGAGCUGGCCCCUGUGCGAUCUAGGCUUUUACGUGACCCCGAUGGGAGUGCUGAAGAUGACAGUUUAGAACAAACAUCUCUCAUGGAGAGCUCUGGGAAAAGCCCUCUUUCACCCGAGACUCCUAGCUCUGAGGAAAUUAGUUAUGAAAUCACUCCAAAAGUGACAGAUUCACAGGUGCUGUCAAAUAUACAGAAGUCCGCUGCAAUUCCUGAAGUCAGUGAAGAGGCAGAGGAUGAUUCGGAAGGUGAGCCAAAGAAAAGGUUCACACCAGAAGAAGAGAUGUUUAAAAUGGUGACCAAAAUAAAAAUGUUUGAUGAGCUGGAACAAGAAGCAAAACAGAAAAGGGACUACAAAAAGGAUUCGAAACAAGAUGAUGUUGCUUCAGCUUCUGAUUUGGAAGCUGCUUCUGAACUUGAAACUGCACCCUCAGCAACUGUAGAAGACAAUGAAAUACCUACUGUGGUGACUUCUGUAGUUGAAUCUAGAAAGACGUCUUCCUCUUCAGAGAGUGAGCCAGAAUUAACAAAGCUGAAAAAAGAAGCUGACUCUGGGCUGUUAAUGGAGCCUGUAAUUAGAGUGCAGCCUCCUUCACCCCAUCUUUGCAAUAUGGAUUCCAGUUCCAGUCCUGAAGAAACAGAGUUUCAGCCUAUUGAGUCCAAGCAACACGCAUUCAGCACUGAAGAAGAUAAUACAGAAUCAGAUAAACCUACAGAGGAAACCAAAAUGUCUGGUGAUACGUCGCUAGCCUCUGAUGCUAGCAUCAUAGCACAGGCUAGCGAAUCCAAGUGCUACAGCACAGAUGAGAGUGACACAGUUAGUCCUAACGGCCCUAUGAUGCAGCCAGAGGAGUCUUUCUACCAUUCUGUUGGUGAUGAUGCCCCCAAAGUAACUGAGUUAUAUGAAACCUCAGGGGCAUUGGACCACCAGGAUGAUUCUGAAAAAGAUGCUGCAGCAUCUGAUGGGGUACCACAGAAAGACAUAGUUACUAUGGGAACUACAGAGGGCUCCUGUGUACCUGGUAUGACUCAUUGUUGUAUAUCCCAAACUGAAUUGGCUAUGGCUGUUUCACCUGUUCACUUCCCUUUGGGAAGUGAUUUGGCUGAAAAUGACAAAGGUUUUGAGAUGGCACAAAGGGAUUUUUGUAGUGCAGAGCACUCCACAGAAUAUUCAUCUCUAACCACCCACAAGGGUGAAUGUGAAGGUUAUGUUGAAGAUGUUGAUGAAAGUAGUGCUCUGCCUAUAACAAGCCCUUAUGAAAAUGUCCCUUCACAGCAUUUUUUUACUAGCACUGAAAUUAGUACAGGAACUGAUUUAGGGACAAUAGGCCAGUCAUCUGGGGAGGAUCACUCUGUUGAAGAAGUAACAACAGCAACAAGCUCCCUUUGUAGACCAGCAUCAGUAGGUUCUGAGGUUCACACCUCGGAAGAGAUCUACAUGGAGAUAGAAUCCAAGCAUGUAGAUAUCUUUCAGGAAAAAUCAACUCCAAUGCCUUCAGCACCAGUUCCCACAUCAUUAGAUGAAGCUGCUCUACAAGAUAUCAGGGAGGAAGCUGAGAAAAUAAUCAGCCAAGUGAUCAUAACCAGGACAGAUGUGGAUUCUGAUAAAUGGAGUCAAAUACGUGAAGAUGAUGACGCUUUUGAAGCUCGGGUGAAAGAGGAAGAACAAAGGAUAUUCGGCUUAAUGGUAGACAGGAGAUCACAAGGCACCACACCUGAUACAACACCAGCCAGGACUCCCACAGAAGAAGGGACACCUACCAGUGAACAAAACCCUUUUCUUUUCCAGGAAGGAAAACUGUUUGAAAUGACGAGGAGUGGUGCCAUAGACAUGACCAAGAGGGAUUAUUCUGAUGAAAACUUACACUUUUUCCAAAUGGGACAGCAGUCUCAGGAAGAGGUGUCGUUAUCUGAAGAAAUGAGAGAAGCUGAAAGCCUAGAAUGCUCGCAGGAGGAGCAACCCUUGGUUCCCUUUGUAUCUUCUGAAUUGGGUGAAGCAGAGAUGCCUUUAAAAGAUGCGCUCAUAGCUGUAUCUGAGGAUGACACCAGUGGCUUAUACAGCACAAAAGGGGAUAUUAAAUCUAGAAUUCCUAUUAAAAUGGGCAUUUCAGCCUCUUCAAAAUCACCAAAAAAAGAAACUGCUGCUUCUGAUGUUGACCCCUUCUCUAGGGUUGACACCGGUGACAUGUUUGAUACCUCCCAGGUGCCUUGCCCUCUCUCUCCCGAGGAGACUGUGAUUCAUGUACAGUUAAAUUUUUCAACAGUCACUAGGUCUGUAUAUGGUGAGCAGGAAGAUGAUUCCCCAGACUCCUCACCAGAGGAGCAAAAAUCUGUGAUAGAAAUCCCUACUGCUGACAUGGAGAGUGUGCCUUCUUCUGAGAGCAAAUCCAAAAUUCCCAUUAGGACAGCUCCCAUUCCAUCCCACUCAUUACCGCAAUCAGAACCUGAGAGCCUUCCUUCUGAUGGCUUUGUAGACAACCUAGAAGAAUCACAGGAUGAUCCAUCCAAACCAAAGUCUAAAAUCCCAGUCAAAGCAAUGUUCCAAAGAGUUGAGCAAGAGUGUAUGUACACUGAGACACCUGUUUGGAAGUCAGAGUCAUCUAAAGCCCUUGACAUGACAUGCAAACUACCUGUAAAGCAAGACAUUAGGAGCAAAUCUGAAUCUGAUGCAAGUGCCUCCAUGGAUUCAAAGGCUAAGCAUCUAGUCAAAGCUAGAAGCUAUGCUGAGGCAGAAGCAGAGACCAGAGAGAGGGUGGGUGAGAUGAAGCUUGAGCUAGAAUCAGAUGAGCUGACGACUGCACGGCCAAAGAUAUUUUCUUCGCGAUUGCCCGUUAAGAGCAGAAGCACCUCAGCUUCCCGCAAUGAUGUUAGUCCCACAAAAGAAAGUAAGGAACAUUUUUUUGACCUUUACAAAAACUCCAUAGAAUUCUUUGAAGAGAUUAGCGAUGAAGCUUCCAAGUUAGUGGAUAGACUCACACAGUCAGAGAGAGAACAAGAAUUAGUUUCAGAUGAUGAAAGUAGUAGUGCCCUAGAAGUUUCGGUUAUUGAAAAUGUGCCAUCCAUUGAGACCCAGCAGUCAGUUGCCGAGGACAUCUUUGACACCAGGCCCAUUUGGGAUGAGUCUAUUGAGACUCUGAUUGAACGUAUUCCUGAUGAAAAUGUCCCUGAUCAUGUUGAAGAUCAACAGGAUGAUCAAGAAAGGAUAGAGGAAAGACUAGCACAUAUCGCUGAUCAUCUUGGAUUCAGCUGGACAGAACUAGCAAGAGAACUGGAUUUCACAGAAGAACAAAUUCAUCAGAUCCGAAUUGAGAAUCCUAACUCACUACAGGACCAGAGUCAUGCACUGCUGAAAUACUGGCUGGAAAGGGAUGGGAAACAUGCUACUGAUUCAAGUCUUACUGAAUGUCUUACAAAAAUCAAUCGCAUGGAUAUUGUUCACCUAAUGGAGAGUAGCGUGGAAAUAUCCCGAGAUCAUGGUCGCACUUAUGCAGAAAUCGAACAAACAAUGGGACUGGAUCACAGUGAAGGGUUUUCUGCACUCCAUGAAGAUCUGUACAGCACAAGAGAUAAGAAGGAGGAAGAGCAUUCCUUUUCUAAAGACAGUGAGCAGUCUGAUCAACCUCCUCUUGUCUCUGAAGAAGACAUUUCUGUCAGCUACUCAUCCUUUCAUGAAGGCACACCCAGGGCUGAGGCAGAUGUAUCUGUUGUAGAACUCCUACGCCAAGCACACAAAGAUCGAGUGGAAGCUGAAUUCUCAGGGAAACCUCAUGCACUUACAGAAGAUUUGUCUGCUGUUACACAGGAAUACUUUGUCACAACUUCUGGAACAGAUCUGACACAAGCAUCGAAGGAUGGAAAAACAGCAAGUAUUGCCAGUGAAAAAUCUGAGGGCUCCACUGCAGGAUCUGAAGAUCAUGAAAGGCCAUACCUUCAUACCCCAACAUCAAGUGAGCGAACUGAUUCACCCCUUGUGCAAGAACCUGAAGAUCAGCACUUCCUCCAAGAAGAUCUGCAUCCAAGGAAAAAUAGCCUGGUGAUUGUAGAAUCAACUGAUGAUCAUCCAGGCAAGGUAGAAAGAUAUGAAGAAGAAUUGUUGGAAAAAGAGCUAGCAGAGGAAUUAGGUGAGCUGGAGGCCAGCUCAGAUGAGGAAGAGAUGGUAACUACCCGGGUCGUGCGCCGCCGGGUGAUUAUUCAGGCUGAUGAUAUGCCUGAAAUGCCACCAGAGGCUGUAACAGAGGAGCAGUACACCGAUGAACAUGGUCAUAUUGUGGUGAAGAAGGUCACUAGGAAAAUCAUCAGACGAUUCGUUUUACCAGACGGCACAGAAAAAGAAGAAGUUGUGAUGCAGGGAGAGCCACAGGAGCCUGUUACCCUGGAAGAGGGAGACGGAUAUUCCAAAGUCAUAAAGCGGGUUGUGCUGAAAAGUGACAGUGAACAAUCAGAGGUGACUUUUUCUGAGCCAAGUGUUUUAUCUAGUGCCUCAGAAUUUCAGUCUGAACCCGUGGAAGGCCGCAAGGUCAGCAAAGUUGUGAAGACUACAGUAGUUCAUGGAGAGCGAAUGGAGAAACACCACGGAGACACUAGCUUAGCAACUGAUCUUCCAUCAGCCAAAGAUGACUUUGAAGAGGCCCUGAGUUAUGCAGGUAACAAAAUGAAAAUUGAAGUCCCCCCAUUAGUAGAGAAAGAGGUCAUGAAAGAGGAUGGCUCAGUUAUUAAAAGGACAACAAUGAGUAAAGCCAGUACACAGAAGAGGACUGUGGUUAAGGACCAGUAUGGAAAACGUAUUCACGUGGAACUGCUGGAGGACACACCAGAAGCACUACCCCAGGAUGACCUUCAGCAUGACCUUCAGCAACUACUAAGACAUUUCUGCAAAGAUGAGUGGAAGAAAGAGGCCAAAUGAGAUGCUGCUAAAUCUCACCCACAGACCAACACACAUAUCCAUUCAAUAUCCAGCUUUCAUUUCUUCUUUUGCCAUAGAUGUUAUAACUUAAUCACCAGGGGAUACUGAUAUUUCUACUUUGGGCAUAUAGAGUAGCUUUUUCUUUUCUUUUUUAAAAUAUCUGUAAGCUAAUUUGUGACCAAAGAUAGCAUCCUUCAUUUGGGAUGGUUUGUCUACUAAAAGUCGUCGACUUUGUGCUGUACUGGAAACUUGUCAUAUUUGCCAUCUUUGUUGUUCCUUUACUUCUGCACCAGAUCCAUAAACACACAGUUUCUUCCACAGGCCUCUUCAAGUGACAAUGUACAUGCAUUUUUUAAAAAGUGGGAUAUUAACAGUAACCUGUAAAUAGCUAAAGUACUUGGACUCACAAGACUGAAAGACAGAAAGAAACACUGCCUAUCAUGACUACUUUUAGCAUCAAGGACUAAAAAGGUCUGUUGAAACUGCUGAAGAGCAAUUCACAUAAUAUUGCUAACACAAUCCACUGAGUGUAGGACAUGGAUCUACUGGGAAGGAAGCAUGCCAGGCAUCCUGUGUUCAUUGGACUUCCAGCUUAAUGAUCUACCUGACUUAAAGUUUUUUAAGAGUCAGGCUGAAACCUCAAACUCCAGCUGUUUCCAUUAAAAGACAGCUGACUGCAGCCAUCACAGCUUUUCAGUCUCCUGGGAAGCCAGCUAAAGAUUCCCUGAAGAAAAAAUAAAUACCCAGUUAGACAUAACUUGCUAGCAGCUAUAUCUGUGGCAUAUUUGCAUACUGUAUUCAAAUCUUUUAGACUGGGACAUGAGGCAGGGUGCAUUAAACAGCUCUAACUACUGUACUUUCCUGUUUUUAUCACUGCUUUAGCAAGCCACGCUGUCUUAUUGGUGGUUCUUUCUGCUGGCCACUGCACUGUAGAUAACUUGAUAGGGGGGAAAGAAACCCUGAUCCACUCUUCAAGAAAGGUUAAACUAAAUGUAUCACGUUCUAUCAAGACUCUCUCUUAACUUGGUACAUGCAUGUGGCAUUGGAAAAUAAAGAAAAACAACCCUCUAGUAACCAUGUCAACAGCUUCUCAUCUCUCUUAGCACUGAGCGAGCAGAUUUUAACCUUCCAUUUGAGAUUUUUCUUCAAAGUUUUGCUUAUGAGGGGAUAUGAAUCCAUUAGACAUUUGAUUUUGUUGCUAUUUUAUUUAUAUUUUCUAACCUAUGUUCAAGAAUCAUGAUGUAAAUGUCAGCACUUUGAUUUUCCAAGAAGGGCAUAUGUAACUCUGGAAUUGUUCUGUGGUCUGUACCUAAUUCUAAUAGUGGUCUGGAGCUCUGUAGCAUUUUAACAUAUAUAUGUAAUUAUAUAUAUUAUAUAUAUACAUAUAAAAUGAUAUACAUUUUGAAUCAGUUAUUUGAUAAAGACAAAAUAUAUUCAACAAUGAUGAGUCAAGUCCUCCAGGGUUGAUAUUUUUCAAAACCAAGCCAGCCUUUCCUUCUUGUAAAAAAUAAAUAAAAAAUGACUCACUCAGUGCUCAGAAUGCUGAAAAUAAAUGUUUCAAAUGGCACCUCCUCAUUAAAGCAACCAUGCCAAGAGAAAGGAAACAUUUUAGGAGGUCUUGGUUUCCUGCUAAAAAAAAAGCUAGCCAAAGUGCCAUGCAAAAAUAUUUUUGGUUGGCAUGCAGGACACAAGCACUUGUUGUGACUGCCAAAAUGGAAGGAGACCCAUUGCAGGACACACAAUAGCUCAUUUCUCAUUGUCAAGAACAUCGCUUGGUUGACCUUCAAGACUGGGGCUCUACAAGAAAUGCAUUUCUGUUGUGUUAUUUGCGGUGCAGAUGAUGUUCUGUGUAACAGCAUAAUGGCUAUUCUCCUUUUUCGGUUUUGAUUUUUUGCUGUGUUAUCAGAGAACUUGAAUACUGUGAGAAGGUGAUUUUAAGUUGAUGAAUCAGCAUCUUGUUCCCAUGGUGAUAACA